UUUUUAUAUCAUGGCUUGUUGAGAGUUGCAACUAAAGUGAUCAUAUCUUACAGUCUGUAUCAGUGAUAUGUUAUCUGAUUUCCAAAAUUGUCUAAUACAGAAUUAGUUUCUUCACAUUCCAUACUUUGAUCGAGUUGAGAUUGUUCAAAUUAUUUGUAAUAAUAUUCGUUGAUUGAAAAAUAAUAUUUUCCAAAAUUAAAACGUUAGCAUCGAGAGUUUUUUAGGAAUCAAAAAAAAAUAUAAACGUAUAAAAUAUUUCGUGCAAAAACUAGGUUUUCUCGAAUAAUAGCGAACGAUAAUCUUAGGCUGGACCAUUGAGGAUGCAGCAAGCUACCGAAUGACCUUUAUAUCCGUGGACCGUGGAACAUAGCACGGAUCGUAUUCAAUUGCGCAUCUCCGGUCAUAGUACUCAAGUGAUAAUAGUAAGCUGCAGUAUUGUCCACAUUCGUAUAGCUCUCUGUUACGGCCAUUUCAGCUCAAGCACUCUCCGACUCGACUCAAUCGAGACAAGAAAAUAAUGGCGUACGGGGGAAGUGCUGGUGAUCAAAUUCACGCGUAUGCGUUUGAGAAAAAUGCCACUGUCGUCGAUCUACGAAGUGACACAAUUUCUAAGCCCUCCUUAGCCAUGAGGCAGGCCAUGCUCAAUGCGGUAGUUGGAGAUGACGUUUAUGAAGAGGAUCCCACCGUCAAAUUACUCGAGGAAAAGGCCGCCUCUCUUUUAGAUAAAGAAGCUGCCUUAUACGUACCUUCUGGAACGAUGGGAAACCUGAUAGCAAUAAUGAACCACUGCAACGUCCGAGGCAGCGAAGCUUACUGCGGGGAUCAGUCGCAUACGUUUCUUCAUGAGCAAGGUGGGGCAGCCCAAUUAGCUGGAGUGACACUUUGUACUUUACCCAAUAAUCGGGAUGGUACUUUUGACCUAAAAACGCUCGAAGGACAUAUGCGCUCGGAUCGACUACACGAACCGAUUUCAAAGCUAGUUUUAAUUGAAAACACAAUCAACGGAAAGAUCCUUCCGCAGUCCUGGAUCGACGAGGUAGCCGUGUUCGUUAAAAAGUAUAAUCUCAGACUACACAUGGACGGUGCACGGCUUUGGAAUGCCUCUAUCGGAUCUGGUAUCGCGGCAAAAGAAAUCGUUCGUGCUUGCGAUUCCGUCACUUUUUGUCUGAGCAAGGGAUUGGGCGCACCAAUUGGUUCGGUUCUUUGCGGUAGUAAAGCUUUCAUCCAACAAGCCAGGAGAACCCGAAAAGCACUUGGCGGAGGAAUGAGACAAGUCGGUGUCUUGGCUGCUGCCGGAUUAGUCGCUCUAGAGCAGACGAUACCAAUAUUGAAGGAAGAUCACAGAAGGGCACUGUGGAUUGCGAAGAGUAUAAACAAUUUACGAUCCAAGGUCUUCAGCGUUGACCUGGACACUACAAAGACCAAUAUGAUUAUGGUAAAUGUUGUUUCCGAGGAAAUAACUGCCAUAACUUUUAUCGACAGAUUAGAAAUUGUGGUGGAUGAUGUUGAAGAUGAUAGAACCAUCGUGAGAGGCCUGCAGCUUACAUCAUGUCUCGCCAGAUUCGUUUUGUAUUAUGAAAUUGACGAUCAGGCAACCGAAAAAGCCCUUCGGAAAAUUUGUUACGUGAUCAAGAAACUUGAUACUCAAGUGUGAGUAGGUCAAGAUUCGUUUCAGGGCGGUUAUGUCCGAAGCUGACCGCCUCGUCUGUAGAAGCCAAUCAUUUGUGGCUAGCAGGUGGGGUUUGAAAGCCCAGAAAUAACGCUAAAUUUACAUCAGCUCUGUUUCAAUAAAAAUACCGAGGCUGUUAGAUCGCAUGACUCGCUCUAAUAAAAGAAUAACUAAAUUUAUAAAAUCACCCGGAAUUUCAAUAGAUUCUAAGCUCGGCUAUAAAUGUCACCCCACAAAGUGUAGCCAAAAAUUUAUCUCGAGCUCACGAAAAGUCAUGAUUUUGAAAAAUGAGUGAUUGGAAUGUGUUGAAAUAUAAUGUUCUGUGAAAUCUGAAA